AGAUGAUCAGCGCCAAUCUCAGUUUCUGGUGGGAAGUCUACCGAGUCGGAGGUUGUCUGUCGGAGUAAGACGUUGGCGCAGACGCACACACACGCAUAUAAGCGUUUCGUAAACAGCGGACGGUUAUAAAAAAAACUGUUGACCUACCUCGACCGAAAUCGUACAUUGAACCGAACUGGUGAAAAACAGCCGGAAAUAACUGUUUCGCACCUGACCUGCCGGUGAUUUUGGAAAAUAUUUCCGCGCACAAAAAAAAAACAUCCAAAGAUGCAUAAGUGUGUUGCAUUGUGUUUUACGAUUUUGGCCCUGGUGUUGGUAGUCCUGUUGCCAAGCGCAGAGUCCACCCUGCAACCAAAAGCUCCCAAUUUUCAGUAUUUUGAAAGGCCAAAAUACAGAUACCCCUACUACGAUGAAAAUGGAAAGGGCAAGCUGCUGUACGGGUACGGUGGACCGGAACUCUAUCAAUACAAAAGCUUCUCGCCUUUGGACGGCAUUCAUUGAGUCGUACGGUUCAGCGUUACGUUGAAUGCGUGAACCUGAAAGGAAUGGAGAACUACCCGAAAGCUUUACCAUGAAGCGCCCAGAACAACAUGCUUCUGAAUACAGCUUCGCACUAGUCCGCGACUGUUUCGAAUCUUAUGGUGAGGUUCUCCACCUUACUUUCAGUUAGGUGUGGUAGUGGUGGUGAUCAACAACUACUACAAUUCAUUUUUAGUUCGUAAACUUGUACAUGGAGAUAAGAACAAUGGAGAUUGUGUUAAGAAACGGAUAAAAGUUGUUACCAAAUAAACAAAAACUUACUUUUUAAGAAAA